ACUCCAUACGGUACAUCCGAGAUCAUCACAAGAAAUUCAUUUAAAGCGUGAUCAUCAUCAAUCAUAAUCAAUAAAAAGUAAAAUAUGAUUGUGAAACGUUGAAUACAAAUGCAAUCAUACACUUGAACACAGGAUAUCAAUUCCCUCUUUCUCCUGAUACCCAAAAACCCAAACGACGAAACUGCAUCAAAAUCAAUGGGGUUUUAUGUUUUCCUUUGACACCUCCAAAUAAAAAUUAAACUUUCCCUUUUUUCUCUUUCUCUCUCUCUCCUCCACGCAGAAUCAGCAUCUUUCACUCUCCACUGUGACUCUUCUCUUGGACUCAGAAUUUUGCAACUUCACUCAAAUUACCAAAUAAUCCCUUUUCUUCUUCUCUUCUCAUUUCUGGGUUUAAGUUCAACUACUUGAAGGUCUAUUUUUUUUUAUCUAUCUCUCUCCUUUUUUUUGGGUUUAUAGAGUUUUUACAUGGGUUUUCGUGAAAUUGAUGAAAUAUUUUAAGGAAUUCUGGGAUUUUGUGGUUUUUUUUUCUCCCAUUUGUGGUCUGUGAUCUGCCUCAUCGUGCAAGGCUAAGAGUUUAAGUUUUUGAAGAUGGGAAUCGAGGGCAAGGGUGGCCUGGGUUCCAGUAGCAAUGGUAAAGAAGCAUUUGAUGACAUCGACAUGGAGAUGUCGUGGGAUGAUGAGGAUAUGGAAUCAGAUGAUGAUGCUGAUAUUAUGGACAUGGACUUGCAUGAUCUUGGUGAAGCUUCUUUGAUGAACUUUUGUAAGAAAGCUGCAGCAGCCUUCUUCAAGCAACACGGUCUUAUCAGCCACCAGAUCAAUUCGUACAACAACUUUGUUCGUAAUGGUAUUCAGAAAGUGUUUGAUGCCAUUGGUGAGAUUACAGUGAAUCCAGGCUAUGAUCCCUCGAAGAAGGGUGACGGGGAAUGGAGAUAUGCUUCUGUGAGAUUUGGGAAAGUGGAGCUUGAGCGCCCUAUGUUUUGGACAGGGGAGAAGUUUCACGCUGAUGGUGGGGAUGAUUUCAUUAAGUUGCUUCCACGGCAUGCUCGGCUUCAGAACAUGACUUAUUCUGCAAGAUUGAAAGUUGAGACUCACCUUCAGAUAUAUUCUCAAGAGAAGGUCAGAAGUGACAAAUUUAAAACUGGGAAGUCAGAGUACGUAGACAAAAAGAUACUAAAAGAUGAUACAACAGAUGUCAUUGUUGGAAGGAUCCCUGUGAUGGUGAAGUCUGAUAUAUGCUGGAUGAGUGAAGUUCAGAAAGGUGAUUGUGAAUUUGAUACUGGAGGUUAUUUCAUAGUCAAGGGUGCAGAGAAGACAUUCAUUGCACAAGAACAGAUGUGCUUGAGGAGACUAUGGGUUUCUAAUGACCCAUUUUGGAAGGUUGCUUACCGGUCUGAGUUCAAGAGGAGAAGGGUGCAUGUUAAGUUGGUGGAGAAUCCAAAAGCUGAAAACAUCCAAGGAGGAGAAAAAGUUAUCAGUGUGUACUUUUUGUUGGUGGAGGUCCCUAUUUGGAUACUUUUCUUUGCCCUUGGUGUAGAAUCGGACAAGGAGGUGGUGGAGUUAAUUGAUUGCAAUACUGAUGAUGGCCGCAUCAGUAAUAUCCUCUUUGCAUCCAUUCAUGAUGCUGAUGAGAAGUGUGAAGAUUUUCGCAAGGGCAAAGCUUUGGAGUACCUUGACAAAGUCAUAAGAGAAUGCAAAUUUCCUCCUGCUGAACCCACUAAAGAAUUUAUUGAAGCUAAUCUUUUCCCUAGUCUAUCUGGGAGUAAACAGAAGGCCCGUUUUCUUGCUUAUAUGGUGAAGUGUCUCUUGCAAGCCUUUUCUGGUAAGAGAAAGUGUGAUAAUAGGGAUGACUUUAGAAAUAAGCGAAUAGAGUGUGCUUCUGAGCUUCUAGAGAGAGAACUUAGGGUCCAUAUGAGACAUGCUGAGAAGCGUAUGGUGAAGGCUAUGCAGCGAGACCUUUAUGGGGAACGGGAUUUGCAUGCUAUUGAGCAGUAUUUGGAUGCGUCUAUUGUCACCAAUGGUCUUACCAGAUCAUUUUCCACUGGGGCAUGGGCACAUCCUUAUAAGAGGUCAGACAGGGUUUCUGGUGUAGUUGCAAAUCUCAGGCGAACUAAUCCAUUGCAGAGUAUUUGUGAUAUGAGGAAAACUCGUCAGCAAGUUUCAUACACAGGGAAGGUUGGAGAUGCCAGAUAUCCACACCCCUCUCACUGGGGAAAAAUAUGCUUCCUGUCUACACCGGAUGGUGAGAACUGUGGUCUUGUGAAGAAUAUAGCUGCUACUGGCUUUGUUAGUAGCAAUAUUGUGGAGGAUGAACGUCUCUUGCUGCUUGACACAUUGGCGGGCUGCAAAAUGGAAAAAUUAGUAAAUGACAGUUGUACUUCGCUGAGUGGAAAGAACAAAGUUCUUGUGGAUGGUGAGUGGGUUGGAGUAUGUGCUGAAUCCCUCUCCUUUGUUGAGGAGUUAAGAAGAAAACGUCGGAAGAGGCAUAUCUCAAGAGAGGUUGAGAUCAAACGAGAUGCUCAGAAUGCCGAAGUGCGAAUAUUCUGUGAUGCUGGAAGAAUCCUUCGGCCCCUUUUAGUUGUUGAAAAUUUAAAGAAGACAAAAUUAUUGAAAGGGGAUGAAUUUUCUUUUGAAACACUUAUGGACAAGGGAAUAAUUGAAUUGAUUGGGGUUGAAGAGGAAGAAGAUUGUCGCACUGCAUGGGGAAUUAAAUACCUAUUUGAGGAUAAGGGAAAAGACGCUGUCAAAUACACUCAUUGUGAGCUCGAUAUGUCAUUUUUAUUGGGUGUAAGUUGUGGUAUCAUUCCCUUUGCUAAUCAUGAUCAUGCUAGGAGGGUUCUUUACCAGUCUGAGAAGCAUUCUGGACAAGCAAUAGGAUAUUCCAGCACAAAUCCCAAUAUCAGAGUAGAUACCUUAUCCCACCAAAUGUACUACCCUCAAAGACCUCUUUUCCGUUCUGUGAUUUCUGAUUGUCUUGGAAAGCCAGGAUAUCCAUUAGGGCGCAGUCAGAUACUUCCAAAGGCAGAGUUCUUCAAUGGCCAAAAUGGUAUUGUAGCUGUAAAUGUCCAUCUUGGAUACAAUCAAGAAGAUUCUUUAGUCAUGAAUCGGGCUUCCCUGGAACGAGGCAUGUUUAGGACUGAGCACACCAGAAGCUACAAGGCUGAAGUUGACAACAAAGAAUCAUCGGAAAAGAGGCGGAAGUUUGAUGAUACUGUUAGUUUUGGGAAGAUGCAGAGCAAAUUAGGACGGGUUGACAGUCUUGAUGAUGAUGGAUUUCCAUACAUUGGAGCUAAUUUGCAAAGUGGAGAUAUUAUCAUUGGCAGGUGUGCCGAAUCAGGGGCUGAUCAUAGUGUUAAGCUGAAGCAUACAGAGAGAGGUAUGGUGCAGAAAGUCGUCUUGUCAGCGAAUGAUGAUGGCAAGAAUUUCGCUGUUGUAUCGCUUAGACAGGUACGUUCACCAUGUCUUGGCGACAAGUUUUCCUCCAUGCAUGGUCAGAAGGGUGUCCUGGGAUUUCUAGAGUCCCAGGAGAAUUUUCCUUUUACAAAGCAAGGGAUAGUGCCAGAUAUUGUAAUCAAUCCUCAUGCAUUUCCCUCUAGACAAACGCCUGGGCAACUACUGGAGGCUGCCCUGGGGAAAGGUAUUGCAUGUGGCGGCUCUUUGAGAUAUGCUACUCCAUUUUCUACUCUUUCUGUCGAAGCCAUAACGGAGCAGCUUCACAGGGCUGGAUUCUCAAGAUGGGGGAAUGAGAGGGUCUAUAAUGGUAGAACAGGAGAGAUGAUCCGUACUCUCAUAUUCAUGGGCCCCACCUUCUAUCAGCGCCUGAUACACAUGUCUGAGGACAAAGUCAAGUUUCGCAAUACAGGUCCCGUCCAUCCAUUAACUAGGCAGCCGGUGGCAGACAGAAAAAGAUUCGGGGGUAUCAAGUUUGGAGAGAUGGAGCGGGAUUGUCUGAUUGCUCAUGGUGCUUCAGCUAACCUUCAUGAGCGGCUCUUCACUCUGAGUGACUCCUCCCAGAUGCAUGUUUGCAGGAAGUGCAAGAACAUCGCAAAUGUCAUCCAAAGGGCGAUCCCGGGAGGCAAGAAGAUUCGAGGGCCUUACUGCAGGUUCUGUGAAUCUGUUGAUGAAAUCGUGAAGGUGAAUGUGCCGUACGGCGCGAAGCUGUUAUGUCAAGAGCUCUUUAGCAUGGGCAUUUCUCUUAGGUUUGAGACCCAGCUUUGUUGAUACUAGAAUGCUCUUUGAUUAAGGAACUAAUGUUAUUGGUGUUAAGAUAAUUCGGUCUUAGUCUAACAACUUACUGUUCUGUUUAUAAAUCUGUAAAAUCUGAAGAUAUUCUUCUGUCAGUAUCAGAUAUGUAACAGUGGAUAUUUUCUUGAAUUUUCCAGCAAAAUAUGCUCUGGAAAUGUUUUCCUCUGA